CUGAACAGUGGCAAGGUAUUUGUUCCUGGGCUGAACCACAAAACAUAGAAUCAAAGGGCUCUUUUUGGAUCCUUCAGUUUUCCUUUUCCCCCUCCCUCUCCUCUGGUUCUUGUGGAUAUUAUGGCUAAUAACACAAAUACUUUAGGAAGCCCAUGGCCUGAAAAUUUCUGGGAUGAUCUCAUAAUAUCCUUCACAGUAUCCAUGGCUAUUGGACUUGUCAUUGGAGGUAUCAUCUGGGCAUUGCUUGUUUGUCUGUCCAGACGAAGAGCCAGUGCACCUAUCUCCCGAUGGAGUUCAGGUCGUCGUUCCAGACCUUAUUCCCACAGUCUCAACAGGACUGGAUUUUAUCGUCACAGUAGCUGUGAACGUCGAAGCAAUCUCAGUUUGGCCAGCCUUACCUUCCAGCGACAAACUUCAUUGGAACAAACCAACUCCUUUCCUAGAAAAUCAAGUUUCCGGGCUUCUACCUUCCACCCUUUCUUACAGUGUCCUCCAUUACCUGUGGAAACUGACAGUCAACUAAUGACUCUUCCUUCCACCAAUACUUCUCCCAUCAUUAAUACUACACACAAUCUGAGCCGUCCUGACUUUCAUUGGUCUAAUCAUAAUCUUCGUAUUGGCCUUUCCACACAAACUCCUCCACCAGCUUAUGAGUCUAUUAUAAAGGCAUUUCCAGAUUCUUGAAUACAGGAUUAUCUGGGCUUUUUUUUUUUUAAAUUUUUUUUUUUAUUUUAAUAAGAGGUCAUCAAGAUGAUUAGACAGUCCCAGGCCUGUUUUAUAUUGGUAAUGUUGGAAAUUAAUGCACCACAUUUGGUUUGUACAAAAAAAUUGCCUGUGUGCCACAAAAAACUUCAUGUUCUACUAUGUAAGUUUUGGAAUUCUAUAUUCUUGUAUCAUAAGGCUUUUAGAAUAGAAGAAUGGGUCUGCAGAAAUAUUGCAUAUCCUGUUAGUUUUUUUGUAAACAUAACUGAUGAAUCUACAUUUUAAAUAUCUUUCUGUUUUUUCUUAUAUUAUGAGAAGAGUUAUUUAAAUACCAAUCUUUAUGCUUCAUGAUGAAACCUUUUUUAUUUUUAUUUUUUGAAAAAACUCCUUUCAUUUUAACAUCACAUCUCAAAACACUUUUACACCAUCUGGUGGUUUUCAAAUUGUUACAAAAAGAAAUUUAUUUGUAGUGAUCUGUGAAAGAUACCAUAGAAAAACAAUCAUUGGACUUCUUCAUUUCUAGAGAGAUUCCAUUAUGGAUUUUUUUUUAUUAUUCAUGAUUAUUUAUAUCAAUAAAGUCACUAUAGUAAUCUCAUAUAGAGAGAGAAAGGAAGGAAACAUGCAUUUAUAGAGUGCUACUAUAUGCCAACAAUUGUAAUAAGUACAUUUACAAAUAAUGACUCUGGGAGGUAGGUGCUAUUCUUAACCCCAUUUUACAAUUAAGGAAAAUGAGGUUAAAUGACUCAUCCAGGGAACACAGCUAGUAAAAUAUGUGAGGCCAAAGUUGUACUAGGAUAUUCCUGACUCCAUGUCCAGUCAUCUAUCCCCUGCUCCAUCAAUAGUCCUAGAUUUAUAACUCUAGUUAUAUGUUAGAACUUUCAUUGUCAUACUUAUCUCACUUUUUUCUUUGUAAUUGUCAUCACUGAAAAAAAAAUCCAACUAUGUUUUGUACCAAGAAAGGAAUUUUUGCAAUAAAACUAUAUAGCAUUAAAAGAUUUUCUUUCUUAUACUAAGAUUUAGGUAUGAUUUAUACCUCAGAAAACUUAAACAUGUAAUUCUAUUAUCAUCUUUUCCCUUUAUGUAUUUAAGGUAUAAUAAUUGGUUAGAAAAGAAUUCUAUCCUUUAUAAAAAUAAAAGUUAGUUUUUGUUUCAAAGAAAUCAUUCCUAAUUUACCAAUAUGAACUACUGAGUACAAAAUUCCCUAUGAUUUUUUGCUUAAUGAUCAAGUAUACGGAAUGGCAUAGGGAACAAAAUUGUGUAUAGGGAUCUAUGCAAUUUAAAGGUGCUGUUUUUGUUGGUUGAUAUCCUUUUAAAGAACAUCUCUCCAGCUGCUGGAAAAUAUAAUUGGUUCAAUUUCAUGCUGAAGCUCUCUGGCCUUUAUCAGACAAUUAGUUCAAUUAAUGUAAAUGAGGCCCAUGGUUAGGUUCAGUUAUAAUGAAAAUGCAUUUAUUUUUUGGAUGUGUACAUUUUGUUCAUUUUUACUUCUAAAAGUCAGUAAGUGGCACUAUUAAUAAUAGCUAAAUAUGGGUUCAAAAUUAAUUUUUCAAAAUUAAUUCUGAUAUUCUACUUGAGAAUUUUUUUUGAUAAUUUAAUUAGUCUUCUUUUAUGCCUUUUUAUUCCUAAAAGGAAAUUGUUCUGAAUGUUGCCUUUCAGAAUUAUAACCUUUAAUGCUAGAUUCUCUUUCAGAAAAUCCUGUGAUAAUUGAAUUGAUAUAAGUUGCUCUUGGAUGAGGAAUUUUUUAAAAAGCGGUAACUUUUAAAAUCAUCAUAAGCCAGAUUUUUUUAAAAAAAGUUUUAUAUUUAUAAAAAAGUUUACUUUUUUAAUUUGUAUGAGAAAUUCACUUGGGGGAGGGGUUAUCUGAAAUUUACACUGAAAACAGAAGGCUUUCUACAAGGAAAUAAAAACAAAAUUUCCAAUAUUUGGAAUUACAAUACAACUUGGCAAAUGGGAUACUUAAAAAAUGAUCAUAAUAUGAAUUAAAUAAGUAUUUUGUUAUGGUGGUAGAGAGUAUAGAGGGUGUGUAUGUUGGGUUGUGCAGAGGCCAAAAUGAAAUCUUUUGUUUUCAUAGAAACUUUUUUCAUGGGUAAAUGUUUAAUUAACUAAAACUUUUAUUCAUAGUGUACAUAUAUGCUACGUAGAAUUAUUUAGUAACUACUAAAAUGAAACUUACAUUUUAAAAAAGACAGAAAGUAUCUAUAAUUGACAUGAUAUAAUUCAGAAAAAAAUCUUCAUAAUGAGGAAAGUUAGAACUCUUAAUUAUGCACAUGAGUUAGCUGUCAGCUUGGCUAAUUGCUUUUUUUUUUUUUUCAUUUUAUUUUGUCAGUGUACAACAUCAGUAAAUGUUGCUGAAAACCAGUUGGCACAGCUAAACAGUCACCAUUUAUAUCUCAUUGAAUAAUGUUUAUUAUUGUAAAGUAUUUAUAAAAGACACAAUAUACAUUUGAAUGAUAUGCAAAAAGAUUCAAUCAAUCAAUCAACGAGAAGUUAAUAAGUGCCUGUCAUGUUGUGGAAACUAUAUUAGUCACUGGAAUAUAAAAAUAAAAAUAAAGCAGUACCUACUCUCAAGUAGCUUACAUUAUAUCAGAGGAAGCUAUAGGGAUAGUGUAAUAUGAUCUCAUCCAUAUAGAUAAUAUAAGAUAUAGUCCAUGCAUAAUGCAUACAAAAUAAUUAGGUGAACACUAACAACUGGGCAGGGACAAGAAACCUGAGUUGAGCUUUGAAAGGAAACAGGGACUCAAAAUUUCCAAGACAAGGAGGAAAUUCAUUCUAGGUAAUAACUUAAAAAAAAAAAAAAAAAAAAAAAAAAAAAAAGCUUUGAAAGGAAAUGACUUAGAAUUUCCAAGACAAGGGGGAAGUUUAUUCUAGGUAAUAACUUUUAAAAAAAGAUCAGAAAUAGAAUGUGAUGAAUGAAGAAUAAUAAAUAGAUCAGUUUAACCAGAAGAAAGUAUGCAUGAAGAAUAGCAAUAAUGCAGAGAAAGGUUGGCUAGAACCACAUUGCUGAGGGCUUUGAUACUGUAACAGAAACAUUGUAUUUCAUCCUGGAGGACACUGCAACACUUUCAUUAAGAUAGUAACUUGAUUUUACUUAUACUUUAGGAAUAUCCCCUUGAAAUCUGUGUGGAGGAUCAGCUAGAAAAUAGACGAGUCAGAGAGAAUAAUUAGAAGACUAUAUGGCCUCUUUUGUUGUGGUGGUUCAAUUAUAUCCAAUUCCAUUUUGUGGUUUUCUUGGCAAAGUUACUGAAGUGGUUUACCAUUUCCUCCCUAAGCUUAUUUUAUAAAGUAAGAACUAAGGCAAAUGGAGGUAAAUGACUUGCCCAAAGUCACACAGCUAGUAAGUAUCAAAGACUAGAUUUGAACUCAGGAACAAGAUUCUUCCUGAUUCUAGACUUGGUACUCUACCUAUUUCACCACCUAGAUGCCCUAUAUGCCUUCUAGGUAUUUUCAGUCUAAAGAUAGAUGGCACUGAGAAUAAUAAAUGUAGAUAAUUAUGUUAAUUAUGGCUGUUAUAGUUAUCUUUCAGUUAUAUCUGUUUGAAAAAAUGAAACUAAUUUAAGCCCUCAAUUGAUUGGUCUGCUUCCAUACAAAUAUUUUUUCUGAUUAAAAAACAAAUUUCCUUUCUACUGAGAACUUAUUUAGCUGUUAUACAGACAAUAUUUUAGGUAUACAAAAUGAAUGAGCAUUAAUCAAAUGUCCAAAUCUGAAAAAAAAAUGUUAUUGCAUAUAAUUACAGAGCUAAUAAUUAUUCAGCUGAGAGAUAAUUUUAUUCUCUUUCAUUCUGGAAGAUGAGCCAAGGAAGCAACACUCAUUCAUAUAAAAAUAGGGUGUUUUCUUAGUGAAUCUUGGGAUCCAAACCCCCAGAAAGAAACCUAUAUUCUAAUACUCUGUAGGAAUAAGGAAAGACAAGUGGUUAUGUGUCCAAAAAGGAGAGUCACUAAAGACAAAGCUGAAGGAGAAUCAGAAAUCUAGUUUCUCAUAAGGUCUGAUACUAUAUAUAUGUAUGUAUGUAUGUAUAUGCCUGAUUAACUUUUAAAAAAAUUUGACAGAUUUUUUUUUUUUGAUUGGCAAAUAAAAAGCAGAGAAGACAUAAUAGCUACCGUUUGGUAGUUAGAAGGAUGUGUUAUUACUGGGAAAUUGAGCAGUACUUUUAAUGAUCCCAAUCUUCGCUCCAAAAUAGAGCCCAUCUUCUAUGAUAUCAGUUGCUGGGAAGAUUUUCAUCUUCUAUGCAAUUGCCUGCCUAAUCUUCAAUCUUCAAAGGAAAGAAAAAUAGUGAAAUAGGACAUCUUAUCUAAUAUCUGCUUUCUAUUUCAAAUUCCACUUUUCUCUAGUCUGAUCUCUAGACAUUUCUGAAGAGUGAUGUCUUCCAUUCAAUAAUGACUGUUCUCACAGCUAGUCAUAUUCUAUAAACCAUAAAAAUUCUGAAUUCCUACAGGUCAUCAUUAAGCCACACCUCCCAUCCCACCAUUCAAUUUCUUAUCCUCAUUCCCCUCAAUUCUCUUAUUCCAAAAUUCUAAUCAAGUACUAUCCAAUGUUCUGGAAUGUUUGUUCCAUAGAUGACAAAAUUCUCUUCAUCCUGAAUCUUUUUCUCUUUUACUGCUUUCAUUUUUUAGCUGUUCCUGAAACUUGGCUUCCUGCUAAUAAAACAACCUACCUGGUCACUCUUUAAGAAGGGUGGAUCUUUCUAAAGCAUUCACUUAAUUUUUAUUCAUUCCUCUUAAUUUACUGACUGAGAGUUGGAAUACUCUUUCCUCCCCAUUGCCACUUCUAGAUUUAUUCUCUACUUCUACCACUCAUCAAUAUCUCUUCCUUUGAGGUUCAUGUAAUUUAUAUGUGUAGUCAAUUAAAAACUUGAUAACUUCUUUUUCAUUGAGUAUGAUAACUAGCUCAGAACUUUUCUUUUCUUCUCAACUUUUGCUUUUGUAUUUGUGAAGGGCAAUACACAUGCUGACUCUCCCUUAAAAAAAAAAAAAAGUGGUAAAGGUUCACCACUCUAUUCCUCAGCCUCCAUAGUUCCUGUGAUCUACUUUUUCUAUGAUCCUGUUUCAGUUGCUUGAAGACUGGUUAUAUUGUUGAUCUUGACAUCAACCACAAAUAUACACCUCCAUAUUCAAGAAUUUGGAAAUCCCCUUAUUUAAUCAUAAUCUAUUGUCUUUCUCUGGCAGACCCUCAUGUCUGGAAUGAUCUCCUUCCUCGCCUCUUUUCACUGCCUCCCAGGGUUUCCUUCAAGUUUUAGCUAAAAUCCCAACUUCUAUAGGAAACCAUUCCCAGUUCCUCUUAAUUCUAGUGCCUUCCCUCUCUUAAUUAUUUCUUACUUAUCCUGUUUAAAUCUUAUUUACACCCACACGCGCACACACACACACACACACACACACACACAAAUAUGUAUGUGUUUACUUGUCUCAUCCAUUAGACUAUGAGAUCCUUAAGGGUAGGGACUAAUCUUUUGCCUCCUUUGUAUCUUCAUUGCUUAGCCUUGCACAUAGUAGGCAUUUAAUUUUAUUUACUGCCUUUUAAAGUCCAAUAUUAUUCUUGAGGUAACAUAUUUUUGAAGCACUAAAUACUAUAGACUUCAAAACUCACAGUGGAUCUCAUAGAUAUGCCACAAAAGAUAUAUGAAGGAAAAAAAGCUUGGUCAUUCAUGGCCCAAGAGUGGAAGCCUCAAAUGAACAAAAUACAUGCUCUACAACUUUUUAGAGAAUACCAAGAAAUUUAGAAUUUCCCUAAUAAGUUGAUUGGACUAUCAGUAGAGGAUUUAAAAGGGUUGCACAAAAUUACAUAGAUAAGAAUUGCACAGAAUAUUUGGAUGGGAUAUGAUCUGCAUAGAGUACCUAUAUAAGUAAGAUGAUAGAUUUGUUGGUAUAUGGAGAUUUUCUUUCAGCAAAUAGGCUUUUGUAAGUGAGAUCAUAAAAGGAAGAUGGACUCAAUGUGGGUCCAGUCCUUCAAAUAUGAAUAAUGUGUACUACAUGCUGUAAUUUACAUGAAGCACUGGUGAGUUUUGAUGAGAAAAGUCCUUUCCCUGCUUUAGAGGAUGUAGGGUCAUUCUUUGUCUACUUUCCAUCAAUUUCUUAUGUGGUAGUGAAAAAUCAUUUAAUUUGCUACUAUGCUGCAACUAAGUGUGUACCCAAAGCAUUAGAAUAAAGUUUAUUUUUCCCCUGGCA